UUAUAGCAUGUGCACGACUGCGCCCGCCACGGCGCUGCUCGUGCUCGAGGCCAUCACGGCCGUCGUCGUCGCGUGGCGCGUCGCCUACCACGUGCGCAUCGGGAGCCAUUGGCGCCGCACGACCUUGCACCUCGUGCUAUUGCUUGCAUGCAUUGGCCGCCUCGUCUUCUGGCUGGGCCUCCGCGAAGACGACGACACGACAGCAGCCCAUGGCUUUGCCAUCGGGCUCGGGCUCUUGUGCGUCGCGUGGGCUGCCACGUACGUGUGCGUCACCGAGGUCGUUGUCCAAUGGUCGACGGCCCUCGCCGCCGGGCGCGUCUCGCACGGCCAGCCCGCCUGCGCCAACGUCGGCGCCCACAGCCUCGUCGCCCUCAACGCCCUCCAUGCCAUGACGCUUGUCGUCUGCCCGAUUCUCCUCCCGCGCAAUGCAUCGCGGGUCGAGACCCUGCGCUUUCUCGACGCCCAUUCCGCGGCCGUGCGGUCGAUCGCGAUCGUGCACAUUGCGACCGGCGUCGCCAAUGCAAUUGCGACGACCGUCGUCGGGGCGCAGCUGCAAGGCCGCGUCGGGGCGUCGACGCUCCGCCACAAGGACCGGUCCCAGCGCAUGACGGUGCUCUUCACGCUCUCGCUCGUCCUGGCGCUCGGUCUCGACCUCGGCUUCCUCCUCACGCUCGCAGUGCGCAGCAGCGCCGAUGCGCUCGUGUGUGCGUCCCAUGCGAUUCCCAUGAUCUUUGUCUCGGGGCUCUUGGUCACGACGACCUUUUUGUACCUCAUGCGCCGGCUGUUGCCCAAGACACCGGCGCGGCUCGUCACGAGUCCGAUCGAGACCGCGCGCUGCGACGCUGGGAGCAGUCAGUGUUACCUCUCGGGUCGCCAAACCAGCAACAUCCUGCACAGCUACGCGCUCGAGGACGACGCCGCUCCAUCGCCGCCGCCGAUUGCGAUCAUGGGCCAUCCAACAGCUAUCUUUAUGAGCGACGUAAGACGAGGCCAUGUCGUUUAA